AUGUUCCGUCUGACACGGGCCGUCAUCCCGGGGGGGUGCACCCCGCUUCUGCAGCCGCUCGACGUGUCAGUGAAUCGCGCGUUCAAGGCCGGUGUGCGUCAUAGCUAUGGCACUUGGUUUGAAGACAUCGGGAUCAACACGAGGACGUGUGCAGUGCUGGAGGAUGUGAACGAGGUGGAGGAAGACGAGGUUGUCGUCAACCCCUACUACGAGGAAGCUCGCAUGCCAGCCGAGGUGCUGCAGGCGGACGACGACGCCAUGCAUGUGGAGGAGGAUGCAGAGGAUGCAGAAGCAGAGGACGGAGAUGCGGAGGGGUAUGGGGCUGGAGAAGGCAGGGAUGCAGAAGAGUGGAGCGAAGCAAGCUCCGACUGGUGGCUCCCCGACCACUUUGACGGGGAGGAGGUUGAGGAAUGGCAUGCUGGGGAUGAUGAGGACUAA